GAUUUGUUUUGAGCUGAUGACAUUUAUGGAUGCUUCGCUUUCUUGGCUGGGUGGGGUGUCUCAGGUGUCCAACGUAGUGUAGUGCGUUGGAAAUGAACGCUAGAAAACAACACAGCUAUCUCGUUCUCCUCUUCGUGUGAGGCGUGAGCCAUGUGCUUAAUAACUAAGUGGAUAACACAAUCUUAGUAACAAUAAUGCUAACAAAAAGUUAACUGCAGCGCUUUUCUUUUCUUUUCAAUUCAGGUCUUGUGUUGUAUUCAUUGUUCGUUGCUUCGUUCGCGGUCUCACUUUCUCCCUUUUCCCCUUUUUAUCAUUUCUCCCUCGCGCGCUGCACUUCCUCUCUCUGUUUCGCACAGUAACUGUUCGACGAAAUGCCUGAACCAUGCAUUUUCUCACUGCACCUUCUCUUUCCCUGUUCUCCCCUCAUUUGAUCCCUUCUCUCUUCCCCUCCUUCGGCCCCAACGGGAGGGUGCGCCGGUUCGCGCUUCUCAACGAUCCCGGUUCGGUUUUUGUGUGCGUGGAUUCUUUUAAGAAGGGGAAUUGCUAUUGGUCUUGCUCUCGGUUCUUGAGGCGGUGCAAGGAUUCGGAGGGAGAGUUGUCCUCUCUGGAGUCGCAGAUUUUGGAGUUCAUGCAGAAUUCCGAUAAGCCUGAAGCGUUUCCCACGAAGGAAGAGUUGGUUGCUGCUGGGAGGGUGGAUUUGGUUCACGCCAUUGCUGACGAAGGAGGAUGGCUUGCGUUUGGGUGGGAUUUGAAUGAUGGGUCCAGUGAAAUUCACGAUUUUGAAGAUAAGGGUGGCAAGGAAAUUGAUGGUAAUGAAACUCGGGCUUCUGGGGUUUCUUCUUCUCCUUCUCAACCAGCUAAAUCACUGGAAAUAGAAGCUGAGGAAUCUGGUAUUGAGGGUAUAUUGAAUCGGCUGGAGAAACAAAGAAAUAGUUCUUUUGGACUUGGCUUGAGAGAGAAAGAAGGUAAUGUUUCUUUCGAAAAUAAUGAAGAUAAAGAUGAAUGGGAUCACAGAGCCACAGCAGAUGCAGUAGCUGCUCACCUUGACAAUAGUAGCAGCUCAUUGAGUCCUACAAGCAAUCAUCUCAGUGGUUCCCAGAUCAAACAUGAUUUGCACAGUUCUCAUUUAGGUACUGACAAUUUAAGAAACUCACUUAAGCCAGAGAUGUGGAGGAAUUGGAUUAUUCAGAGAAAUGGUUCUUCAGAUGCUGAUUUUGAAGACGCUGAAAUUGUUCCUGGUGAAACUCAGAAAGGAGGUGUAACUGACGUUUCAGGACGAUCUGAUAUCCUCAAUGGGAGAGAGUUUUCUUGUGAAACUAUAAACAAAGAAACUGGAUUAUAUUCUGUUGAUGGAAAUGCAAAUCACAAUGACAUAAAAUCCCGUAUCCAAUAUCUGGAGUCAGAGCUAUCUUCUGUACUUAACUCGUUGAGGUCUAGUUCAGAUAUAGUUAAAAUGCAGACGGGCCAGGAGAGCUCUUCUGAUGAUCUGGCAAAGCUUUCAGAUGCCUGGGAAUUCCAAGAAAAUGAGAUCAUGAAUGCUCAGGACAGACUGCGUUCUAUACGGGCUAAGUUGGCAGUGUUAGAAGGAAAGAUGGCAUUGGCAAUAAUGGAUGCACACAAGGUAGUCCAAGAAAAGCAGAAGAAGAUUAAUAAUGCUCAAAAAGCUUUGCAAAUUCUGAAGACUACUUCUGUAGUUUGGCCUAGUAAUGCUUCAGAAGUACUUUUAACUGGAUCAUUUGAUGGUUGGUCCACAAAGAGAAAGAUGGAGAAGUCAAGUACUGGAAUAUUUUCUGUGUGCUUGCAGCUGUAUCCUGGAAAGUAUGAGAUCAAGUUCAUUGUAGACGGAGAAUGGAAAAUUGAUCCAUUACGCCCAGUAGUGCACAACAAUGGCUAUGAUAAUAAUCUUCUCAUUAUUCAUGAUUGAUGUGACAGAAUAAGUUUGAGAUAAUAUCUGUAGAUCACAGAAGAGGAUGAUAUGCGCUAGGUUAGUCACCCAUUUUUUCACUCGUGUACAAAUAUUGAGCGAGUAGUUCACUGAUUCUUUUUCUUAGUCCUUGUACCACUUUUAGAUGUAGAUAUAUUGAUUGAUGACUAAUUGAUCCAAUUCAAUCAUUUUUAACAUGUUCAUAUAAUUCUGUAAGUGGUGCCACGCUGCAUCAAAUGCUACGGGUUAGUUGUGGUAAUAAAAGCACAAGCUGUUCUUGGCAUAGUUUCUGAUCAAUUGUAAAAGAUGAGAAAUGGUUCAGUUAAGCAUAUUAUUACAGUACUAGAAGUUAAAAGUAUUCUUGCUUUCAAAUCCAGCUUGAUAUUCUUCCUUCUCUGUAUGUAUAUUUCUUCAAGUGAGGAGUGGCGAGGUUGGAAGAAAACAUAUUUGACAUUCGUUAGUCUCAGUCAAUUCGAAUCAAUAAUAAUUACGAUAAGAAACCGAUAUAGGAGUGACGUACUCUAAAAGUGACAUUAUUAAUUGGACAAAUAUCACAAU